AAGUUCUUCAACUUCCGUCGCAAGUUGAAACCACAGGACCCGGCAGCGACCGGCGCCGAUCCAGCCCGCCGCGAUGGAAUUCGCCCUCGUCGACGGCGAGAGCUUCUCGCCGUCCUGCUCCACGCUCGUCAUGCCCGCGCUCUCGAUAGGCAACGUGGGGCAGCUCGCCGUGGACCUGCUGAUACCGUCGGCCAAAGCGAGGCGCGUGGCCUACCUCGACGAGCCCUCCGUGCUGCCCUGCGCCGGCAACGACGCCUUCGGCCCCGACGCCGUCGGCGACCUCGCGCUCGCGCUCGAAGAGUAUGAAUCACCAUCUAAUGGGCUGGCUUUCAUUCAACAAAGGUCUCCAAUUAUUACAGGGAUGAUGAUUUCAUUUGCAAAAAAUGUUGCUAAUUUCGUCAGUAGCAUUGGAAAAGACCAUCUUGUUAUCCUUUCAAGUUUAGACUCUGGCAAAAGAAGAGUAAUUGAUGCCCCCAAUGAUAUCCUCUAUUACCUUUCAAGUUGCAAUGAGGAUGGAUCUGAUCCAGAAUAUGAGAAGUUAGGGUGGAAGAAACUUGAGGAAUAUGAUCCAUCUCAACGAUUGUGGAAAUCUCUAGCUAAUCUAAUUGACGGUGGUGUUCUUUCAGAGGAUAUGGCUGAUGAUGCUGAAGAGAUGACAUUAAGUGAUUACUAUGCAACCUUGCCAUUUGCAGCUCUAUUCUUUGCCUGCAAGGCCAAAGGUUUGAAAGUUAGCUGUGUACUAUGCUACUGCUCAGAAGGGGACAAUAUGCCAGAAUCUUUUCAUUUGGCAGAGGCAGUAUGCAAACUUGUAGGUCAAGACCCUGAACAAUUCCACGGAAAUGGGUCAAAUGGAUGGACUAUUCCCUUGUCGUGGAAAUCAGUUUAUGGACCUCCACCUGAUAUGUCUAUUUUCUAGACUAAUGGACUAAUCUAGUGAUGUAGCUAUCAUGGACAAUGCUGUAUUUAGAAUUGAAGAUGUCGAGCUUUUAGCAUGAGCUGUACUACAAGUCAAUCAGAAAUAUCCAGGAAAGGAAGGUGAGUAGCAGGCGCUCUUUGGUCCAAUGAGAGACAGUUUCCAGUUUUCCUUUAGAACUCGAGAUAUGAUGGUACUCGAACCUGCUGGAAUUCAGUGACUAAUAUUUAUACAGCUGAUAGCUUGUGUCUUUUCAAAUUUGUAUUUUUGCCAUUCAACCUGUAGCUUUCUAUGUAGACUACCAGUGUCCAAUUUGUGGUGAUUCUUAUCAGCA